AUGCAGAGCGAAGAAAAUCUUCAAAAAAUUUACGAUUUUAUAGGAAAACAUCUUUUAAAAAGAACUUACAACAAAUGUGGGAAAGAAGUUAAAUUACGUUUAUGUAAACAAAACAAAAUACGUUGCAAAGAUAAAAAAUUUGGUGUUGAAAGAAGUUUAUUUAGUAAUACUGCUUUUGAAAGACGAAAGAUUAUUCGCCUUUUAAUCUUGAAAGUUUAA